ACUUCCUCGACCGUCAGCGAAAGACAAUCUGCUGAAGUUGUGAAGACUUCAAGGUGUGAUCACUGUAACCAUGCUGAAGGUAGUAUUUGUGAUUGGAUGCCUCCUGAGCGUCGCUCUGGCUCAUCCUAUGGACAUGGAGCACAAACGACUUGCUCGGUCAAGGUCUGAUUCUGGCUCAUAUUCCAAUGAGUUGAGAAAUUUCGGCAGCCAGCAGCCUACUUCUGCCCAAUGGUUACAGUUCUUGUAUUACUACCUCCAGCUACGACGAGCUACUACUGCAGCGCCUGCUACAACUACUACUAGAGCUACUACUACUACUGCAGCUACUACUACUACUACUGCAGCCCCUACUACUACUACUACUACUGCCCCACUACUACUACUACUGCAGCGCCUACUACUACUACUACAGCUGCUACUACAACUACUACUGCAGCUGUCCCUACUACCCCUGCCCCAGCUGCUCAAUAAAACCAUGACUUUAACCACAGAUCAAUAAGUGAACGAAAACCACUAUUGAAUGAUGUACAUUUUUCACAUCAACUGUGUUUUGUUUCUAAUGACAAUUGUGUCUUUCUAUUUUUAAAUUGAAAUUAUGUUAUCUUAACCAGGGUGUUUUCACACCCUUUAUUCUAGUUAAAUUAAACAUGUGUGUUUUCAUUUUUUAUGUCAAAUCUGCUGAAUAAACCUUAUGGAAAACAUGGA